GACAUGAAAAAAAGCAUAAGAAGCAAGUUUCAAAUCACAUCGUUAGGCCCAUAGCCGCUUGGCGCUGUCGUCUUCGUCUUCGUCUUCGUCCUCUUUCACUUCCUCUCAUUUGUUACUCCUUUUUAUUAGUGGAGAAUUCGCUGGAAGUUGAAUAUUAUCGAUUCCUCGAUGGAGGAGAUAUGGGUGAUGAUCACAGUAAAGAGAUAAGACGUUCGUCUUCGAUUCCAAGUGAAAAUGCUGAAGCUAGGAUGAAGUUUGCGUCGGUGGAUGCUUUAUCAGAGUUAGUGUGGUCUCCUCGCAACGGCCUUAGCCUUAGAUGUGCUGAUUUUAGUCUCACGGGUAAAGCGAAACUACUCUCUCCUAGUGUCUUUGAUGAUAUAGCACAAACCGACAACAACAUGGAGUCUCAUUCCAAAAGCAAUCAUAGUAUCCAACACCAAGAAGAAGGAGAAGCCGGUUACCGUAUAAACAAAGCGUGUAGCGGAAGGAGUAAUGAAAAGAACAGAGCAUUGUCAGGGGUUGGUGGUUCAGGUGAGGAUACCAAACCUGAAAGAGAAGAGAUGGAUAAGGAUAAGGUUGAAACCAAUGAUGAUUUUGAAGAAGCAGAGACAAGAGUAGGAACUUCCAAAAGAUCUUUAGAUAGUCCAAGAGGUAUUAGAGGAGAAACCGAAGCUUUGUUGGCAAAUGAACAGUUGAGGUUGGAUAGAGCUGGAUCUCAAGAGGAACCUAGAGAUGUUGAUGCUGACCCUGUAGAAGCAACGGAUGAGAACGACCUCCCAAGUCCUGAUAGUAAGGCGCUGGUGGCAUGUGAGAGCAAAGGGGAAUGCUUGCCGCAAGAUGAGACAGAUGCUGAAAAGGCCGGACCCAGUGGGUGUCUUACCAAAGCAAAAGGGAAAGAAAAAGUUUUAUCUGAUGGAAACUCUGAUGAGGAUGAGAGUUUUGGGAGUGUAGAAAGUUGCAACAGUGCUGGUUUGCUCUCAAAGAAAAGACCAGGAUUUGAGCAGCAGCUCAUUCUUGGAACCAAACGGCUCAAAACUCUUGGCCAAGAAUGUUUGGAAUCAACAACAUCGAAGCUCAAUAAUCAAGAUAGUUCCUUUGUGAAUUGGAUAUCAAACAUGACUAAAGGAAUCUGGAAAGGUAAUGAAGCAGACAAUUCUCCUCCUUUUGUGGCUCUUACCACCACAUCAGAUGCUAAUGGUCAACAAGUAAUGAGCGGAUGCAGAAACACCGGUUUCCAGUCUUUUUUCCAGUCUAUAUAUUGUCAGAAGAAAAGUGAUCAAGGCGACGCUGUCCUGAUGAUUUCCUCAGACAAUGCUUCUUUACAGGAACCUCCUGAACAAUGUCUCAAUACUAAAGGAAAUCACGUGUCUUCAUCUGGCACAGUUAGAUUAAACCAGACGAGAGAAAUGUUUCACGACGAUAAAGAGCCAAACAUCUCUUUGUUACCACCUCUUAGUAAGUCUAAGCCGCCGAGUGGUGAAGGAGAUGAGAAGAUUGUUCAAUCUUUAACCAACAAGAACUCUGGUCUCGAAAGUUUGUGGAUAAGCCGGUUCUCUUCUAAAACUUCUUUCCCUCAGAAACAAGAUCUCAUCACUAAGGAAGUGGCCAAUGUUUCAUCCUCAGAUGCGGUUAAACCCCUGAUUCUUCCCAUAAUAUCUUCACUGAGAGUAGAGUCUUCGGAAGCAAUGGCUUCUUUGUUGGCAAGAAGAUUAGAGGCAAUCAAACACAUGCUGCUGCCUACAGGAUCUUUAGCUGAGUACACAGAGGAAAGAGAUAGGAAUCUAAUCUGUUUCUACUGCGGUAAAAAGAGUCACCGUUUACAGGAAUGUUUGGAAGUAACUGACACUGAGCUCAGAGAUCUCGUCCGGAACAUAAGUGCUCGGAACGGAAGAGAAGAAGCUUCAACUCUAUGCAUUAGAUGUUUUCAGCUAAGUCACUGGGCUGCAACAUGCCCAGAUGCUCCUCCACCGUACAGUUUAGGACCUGAAGAUAGAUCUGUGAAGCACUCUUUGGCUUCUACCUCUGGGCCGAAACUGCCUUUCAGCGGUUUCACAGACGUACCAGAGGCGGUCUUUGAAGCUGUUCAAGUGCUUCGGUUGACCCGCACGGACGUUCUCAAAUGGAUAAACAGCAAGAAGCCUGUAUCGGGUCUUGAAGGGUUCUUCUUGAGAUUAAGGCUGGGGAAAUGGGCAGAAGGGCUUGGAGGAACCGGGUAUCACGUAGCCCGCAUUGAAGAUGCCACAGAUGGACAAAGCUCAAAGCAACAUCCAGUGAAAAGCUCAGUCUCGGUCAAAGUUGGAGGGAUGGUUUGCUUUGUUGAGUCUCAGUUUAUCUCAAACCACGACUUUCUUGAGGAGGAGUUGCUGGCAUGGUGGAAGAGCGCUGGAAAAAGUGCCGGGAAACGUGGAGGUGACGAUAUCCCGAUGGCAGAGGGACUUAGUCGGAAAAUUCAGCAGAGAAAGAUGUUAGGCAUUUAGGAUAUUUGUUAAACAGAUAAUACAGUGCUUGUUUCGAGGAAACCUGCGUAUUUAUUUAUUUAAAUAUAGGUUUUGUAUCUUUUUGUAAUCUAUACGUUUAUCUUUUGGGUUGGUGGAGGAAUGUGAGAGUAAACCUUUUGGCCGA